ACAGAGGCCUCCAUCAGGGAGUGUGCAGCCUUCACACAGACCAGUGUGACAGUCUAGUCUCAGAGGACACAGAGGAGUGGAGCUGCCUUGGUUGAAACAUCACACCCUACAUUCCAGCACAGGCCUGUAUUGUUGUCUGUGUGCACGCAGCCAUGUGUUGUGUCUGAGCUCGACUUCCUCGUCCUGCAGAAGAAGGAGGAUAGAGGCGUGACGUCGCUGCCCGCAGAGAGGCCCGUGCAGCAGCACAGAGAGGCAGGGACACACCGAGCGGGGACGGACGCUGCUGCUGCCGCAGAGCUCAGAGCUGUGAGACACGGGGAGCAGCCGCGGCUCACCAGCACCGGCACCUUCGCAGAGACGACACGCAGCCAUAAUGCGGCACCGCCCGCACACCCCGGAGCUGAUGUGACUGUGCACACCCAGAGCAGGGAGGCAGCGGCGGACACCACCACCACCUCUCCCCGGUUGCCUCGUCGCGGCAGGUCGGUCGGUUUGUCUGUCUGUCUGCAGGGGGACAUGUCCUCGCUAACCGUGGAGGAGGACCAGAAAUGGGUACCGACACACGUCCAGGUGACGGUGCUGAGAGGCAGGGGCUUACGGGGCAAGGGCAAGCACGGCACCAGCGACGUGUACACCAUCAUCCAGCUGGGGAAGGAGAAAUACUCCACCGGUGUGGUGGAGAAGACCACGGAGCCGGAGUGGAGGGAGGAGUGCUCCUUCGAGCUGCAGCCCGGUGUGCUGGAGAACAGCGGGCGGAGCAGCUUCCCGGCCGGGAGCAACGAGCUGGUCCUCAUCGUCAUGCACCGGGCUCUGAUCGGGAUGGACGUGUUCCUCGGACAGGCGGUGAUCCAGCUGGAUAAGAUGUUCAUCGAGACCAGAUGCGUGAAAAACGAGUGGUACAAGCUCCACUCUAAGACGGGGAAGAAGGAGAAGGAGCGAGGAGACAUUCAGGUCACCGUCCAGUUCACCCGAAACAACCUGACAGCCAGCAUGUACGACCUCGUCAUGAAGGACAAGAGCGCCUCCACCUUUGUCAAGCUGAAAGAGCGCAUGAGGGCCAAGAGGAGAUCCAGUGACGAGGACUCGGCAUCGGCCAUCGUAUCGAGCGGUUCGGCAUCCCUUUACCGGAUGCGGCACCGGCUACCGAGUGACGGAGGCGGGGAGGAGGAUUACGAGGACGACGAGGGGGGCGAGGUGCGGCGGAGCAAGAUGAGGACCUUCUUCCUGAGAGGGAAGCUGAGGAAGUCUUCAGACACUCGUUCCAGCACAUCACUAGGCUCAGAGAGCAGUGAGUCAUCAUCACGGGGUGGGAGCCUCAGUCCCACGGCUGGCAUCAGUGUGGUGGUCUCUGACCUCUCCAACUCACCCAGUAACAGCAGCAACCUGACAGCCGACAACAGCCCAGAGCACACAGCGAACACGUCGCCCAAAUCGUCCUCUCUCAAAUGUGAGUUUGGUGAUGAUGAGGCCGGUGAGAUCACCAUCGCAGUGCCUCAGCCCACAGUGUGCGUUAAUGGAAGCCAUUCUUACAACGUCCAGCCCCUGGACCCAGGCUCAGGAAAACCUAAGGAUUCUUUAGGCCUGGGACUGUUGCAGAAGUCUCUUCCUCUCUCCAUGUCCCUGCAGAACCUCAGACCCUCCACAGACCUCCCCAAAGGCCCCGUCGGAGACGGGCGCCGCUGGUCCUUUGACAGGCCCGACGAGGAGGAGAAGGCAGCCAUAGCGGCGGCCCUGGAGCUAAGUGGCCCCAUGCUGGGUGACGAGGAGGAGCCGCUGGGACAUGCUGCUCCGCCCAAAGCCACCUCCUCGUCCUCCACCUCCACAGUGGAGUCGGAGAGCCAGGGGAAAAAGCAUAGGAAGGACUUUUUCUCCCACGGGAGGAGUGAGUCUGCGGGGAAAGGGCAGAGUCAGUCCAAGGAUGAGUCUGAACAGGCCCCCGCCGCCACCGAGGAGAAACACAGGGGAUGGUUAGGAUCAAAGGACUCGCACAGCAAACCCAGCCUGGUGGUGUCACCUAAACUAGAGCCCAGCACAGACCCCCACCCACCACCCCUCUCACCCAGUCACCAUCCCCCGGGUCCCUCUGAGGUUUCCCCACUGCAUCACACUAACCCCUUCACCCCCUCACAGAGCACACCACCCCCCAUAUCUCCCUGCAACCCUUUCUUCUCUCUGCUCCAGCACAACCCUUUCUAUGACGACAUGCUAACCCCUCAGCCCCUAAAACCUCCGCUGCCUCCUCUGCCCUAUCUCUCCAGCGCCCGGCCCCCCAUAGCUCAUCUCUUUCCUCAGGCGAGUAACCCUAACCCCACCCUGACUCACAUCCGCCCAACCACAGAGGACUCCAUCAGCGGUGCAGAGAGCAGAGCGGAGAAACGACCUCUUCCUCCGGCUCCCACGGAACAGGAGGAACCUCUAAGCAGGAAGUUGUCCAACCCUUUUACGUCUGGCGGGGAGCUGGACCCAGACUCAGAGUGGGACGAAUCCUUUGAAGCGUUUGCAGCUGGCAGGCUGCAGUCUCCUGAGGAUCUGGCCACAGCCUGCAGAACACAGCACAACACACCCAGAGACCGUCCACUAGAACACUGCGACGAUAAAGCAGCAUCACUACUCACAGCAGAUCACAACACAAAUGUGAACGACGCACGACUUUGCACAGGAUUUGUGUUCGAAGCACAAAAAGCCAUCAGCCAGGCGACUCACACACAUCAUGCUGACACAUUUGCACAAUUCCUGGAGACGAUCCCGGAGCACACGAGCUUUGAAAGUGACAACACAACUUUAAACACUAACUCACCAAAACUGGAUGCUUGCACUAAAACUAAUGAAGCUAACAGUCCGACUAACACAGACGAUUUACCCGACACUAAUAUGCAUCACGCCCCCGGUCACGCCUCGUCGCUGCAGCUCAACAGCAGCUCCCCUGAUGCUGGAUCUUCAGGUCUCGGCAGUUCAGCAGAAGAGGAUUUCCUUUCCUGUCUCUCAUCUUACUCCGAUAAAUUCUCUGCAUCCUCCUCUGAGGAAGCCGAGGCACAGAACUUUGACAGAAACAUCCUCGGCUUUGAGAACUCCUCUGACUCAUCUGUUUCAAAACAAAUAAAGGCCUCAGAGUCUGAAGACGACAUCACUGACAGCAAUGAUGUGUCUGUAGUGGAAGCAGCCCAGCACACUGUUGUUCAGCACAGGGACAGUGAUGGAGAUGGAGAGGUAGAUUUAAACGGUUCAGAGGGGUCGUUGGCGCGGCAGUCCCCGGUGCUCACACACCAGCAGCCUGUGGUCACUGCAGCAGAGACAGGAAGUGAAGACGCAGUCACUAACUCGACAAACUUUUCCAACACUGAUUUAUCACCAAAACUACAGCCACACUCAGACGUCUCUUCACAGCCCGACAACACAGAGGAUGGAGACAAUUUUUCCAAAGUGUUAAAUGAUUCCUCUGUAAGUAACACCACAGACGUGAUGACCUCUACGACUCCAGAUGAUGAACUCUGCUCCACACACCCGUCAUUACACAUCAUAACCUCCUCCCCUGACAUGAGGCAGAGCUCGUCAGACUCACCCAUGGAGAGCACAAGUUUAGGAGGGCAGGAUGCGAGCCAGCGUUCUCAGAUACCUUUUGACCUUUUUGGUGAUUUCCUCAACACCACUCACAUCACAAACAGUCCCAGCCAAGACUUUGACGACACACUGUCACACAGUCGUGUGUCCGAUCAGAGCAGCUUUUUCCAAAGCCUUUACGUCAGCGCCGACUCGCAGGGUUACCAAACCUGUGAGUCUCACCCGUCCUCCAAAUGCUCCAUCAGCUUGGAGCCAAACGAGACGCUGCAUUCUGCGACCUCGACGCUGUGCGGUGAGCUGAGUGAGAGUCAGACGACUGAAGAAGAUUCAACCAAUGCACGCAAGCCAUGUAAUGGAGAAAUCAACCAAACCGACCAAUCUGAAGGAUCCGUCUGUGCAGCCGAGGACAAGACGGCAACUCUUGAGCCGAGUGUCAUGAAGGGGGAUCACAGUUUACUCCCUGCAGCAUCGACCGACUCUGACAUGAGCUGUAAUCCAAGGAACCUCACAGAAGGUGUGGAAAGUCAGCAUGUCGUCCUCAGUGACGUGUUCUCAAAUUGCCCUCAAGCGCAAAGUGCCACGCUUCACCGCUCCCAGUCUGAAGGCACACUGACACUCGCUUUUGACGAACUCCUCCUGCCCUCCUUUGGGAGUGAUCCUGGCUCGAUACAGGAGUCCUCCUCAGCUCCGCCCGGCCCUGACCUCCCCUCUCUGACCUCCUUUGCUCCCUCCCUAACCCCUCUAAGUAGCAGCUCCCCUGUAGCGCUCUCUUCUCUCCCUUCUUUUGCUGGCGCUACGUCGACAUCACCACCCAGCGCGGCACAAGCUGCGGCGCCAGAGCCAACGCUUCAGGAGACGCAGCAGCAGCAGGCAGCCAAUCAGCAGAACAGCCCCCACCCAGUGAAGCCCCUGACCACUGCCAUACAGGCUGAGGAGAAGCGGACGGAGGGCCGGUCAGUGCUGGCCACCGGCCUGGAGAAGCUCAAGUCCACCAUCCACCCGGGGAGGAGCAGCCAGCUCAGCGAGCAGGAGACAGAAAGGAAGAAGUCUGCGACAGAGGGAGCGGGCUCGUACUACCACCUGAACCACAGUGAACUGGUCACCCUGCUGGUGCAGCGGGAGGCGGAGCUGGAGAGGCAGAAGGCGGAGUUUGAGCGACAGAGAGUGUUGCUGGCGAAGCGGGAGGUGGAGCUGAAGAAGCUGAAGCCGCAGGUCAAAGAUCUGGAGGACUACAUUGACACGCUGCUGGUGCGCAUCAUGGAGCAGAAGCCCACCCUCCUGCAAGUGCGCUCCAAGUUAAAGUGACAACCGCGCGGAGGGAGAAGGGUUUGCAGCCGUGUUCACUCUGUCCUCCACAACAGCUCUUUAGUCUUUUCACUGCUAUGCUGUCCUUUUUGAUACAAAUCUGUAGGCACUGAGAGAUGUGGAGGCGGCGUUCUCCAGCCGGCAUGCUUUACUGUGCUGAAACACGUCCUUGGAGAAGGAUUCGGUUCGGGCGGUUCUGAAUGUAGCGGGUCCUCAGGUUGUUUUCAGGUUCACUCAGCCAGAUGGGUUUGAGCUCACAGAGGAGAGAGCCCAGUAAGUUCAAAACCCAUGCUUCCAUUUUGGGAUCCUGAUUGUAGAAACAAUGAUUCCUCCUCUUCACCUCACCUCACGUGUAUCACCUUAUCACACAGAGAGAAAUGGUAGAGUGUCAGUCCACAACACUGCACGUCGUAUUGCAGCUCGCUCCUCCUCACACAGCGUUUCAAAGAAUAUUCUGUCAGUGUUGCAGCUCUGUGGGGAAACAGGAGCGAACAACCUGAAGGGACACUCUGGUGGGUUUGCAUGUUUCAGACCAUUAACUGCAAAUUACAUAGACUUCAGAUCAACGCUGCACAUUUCUGUCACAUGUCAACAGGUUUAGAUUGAUUUUAUACCUUCGAGGCAGCCGCUGGUUUCACCUCAUUUCAGAGAAGCAGGAAACUCAUCGUGCAGCGACUGAAACCUGCUCGAGACAAAAAUAUGUCACCGUGAACAUUUUGACACUUUUGUGUUUAUUUCAGUUUCAUGAGGCAGCAGAGAGCUUUUUUCAAUCAGUGUAAAAAUGCUCUGAUAUCUAAGACGUGAAGUUCAGAUACAUGAAAGCACUCUUGAGCUUUACUGGAGGUCUGCAACCAUUGUGAUAUUGAUUUUUAGUUUAUCUUGAUCAAUGGCUCAAUCAUCUCAUCUACAGAAUAUCAUGGUGAGAGGUGACAUCAUCAGAUCGCCUGUUUUUGUCAGAACAGUUUAAAAUCCAAAGUUAUUUAGUUUAUUAUAAUGUAAGACAAAGGAGACAGAAAUAUCAGACGUUUGUGUUUUUGCUUGAUAAUUGCUUUAAACAAUGAACAGAUUAUCAGAACAGUUCCAGUCAGAUGAUAAAUCUAUAAAGUGACUAAUUGUUGCAGCUGUUCUGUUUUGUCAGAAAAUCAAUAGAUAAUUAUAAAUCUGGUUUUAUGUGGCAGCAGUUUGGAUGUCGCAGCGUCCAAGAUAUGCCAAAAAAGGAGUUCAAUUAUAUAUAAAUACACAUGACAAAACGUUCACCGCAGUGGAUCUCGAGCAAGUUUCAAACUUCUGCUGUUUUUCAGUCUGAAUGUUUUUGUGUCUCUGUGACUCAUGAUAACAUUUGUUUAACUUGGUUCAGUAUUAACAGAGAGCGCUGCAGGCAGCAGCAGAGAAACAGGCUGCAGCGUAACCUCUCGGGGUGUGUGUGCACACCUUCAGUGUCCGUCCACUAACAGUGUUUUUGUCACUGACAGGCUCAGACUGUUAUUCUA